AUGUACACGACUGCUGCCCCAAUUCACGUGUCGGUAGACAAUGAGACGAGUUAUUUCUGCUUGCAUGACGUUCAAAUUGAAAGUGGUGGAGUCAUUUCUGUCAAAAAUGCAGAAGCGUUUUGCCGUAAAAAGAUACAGGGAACGUUGCUCUCUAUAUUAGGACCAGAAGAAGAAAGGUUUGUAAGAGAUACUAUACUGGCUCAGAUGAAAACGCAGAACAGUGGUAAAUCUUACUGGAGGUUACUUGGAGUUGAGAAAUUCUAUUUCAAAACACAUGAGACCAGCUCUUUGUUUUUCAAGAGGGAAAAUAAGACGUUUGCUGGUGGUACAAAACCCUUCUAUGUUCUCUCAAAGAGCUCUGAUGAUUUCGAAUAUGAUGGUGGUGGCCGAUGUUUCGCACUAAGCGGGAACUUUUCAAGGUUAAAAGAUGGUAUUUGGAUUGUCAACUGCAAUCGUUUAUGGAAAUACAUCACUUGCAAAGUUCCUGCUGCACCUUCAUUUUCAGGGCCACUGCAACAGGCUUACUUGACGGAUUUUGAAGAUCAGAUGAAAUUGAAUUGGCCCGAUGUUGUUAUUUUUACUGAAGGGUGGACUUACAUUUUAUGGGCUUUUAUGGCUGUAGCGGUGGCCACUGUUGCAGAAGCAAAAAUAGUCAUGAAAAUCUCUGCUGAUAAAGUUGGGGAGGGAUUUCAAAAGCCGCUGCUCGUCACAUUUAAGGAGAUUAUCCGAAAAAAAUUUGAAGAUCGUAGAUCUGGUGAUGUGCUUAAGCACAUAUAUGACGUUGGGAUGUCUGAUUUUGACCGGUUUUUGUAUGAAAGUAAUGUCAGAGGUGAAUCUCCGAUCAGAGUGCUAUACGAUUCCCCUCAAGCCUUAGAUUUUUAA